GCCGCAGUCUCAGCCGGAGCCGCCGAAGCCACAGGAAUAAGAGGCUGAGCCGAGUCGAGGAUGGAGGAGGAACCCUCGGGGCCCAGCCCGGACAUGCCGGCCGCUGCAGAGCCCAGCUUCAGUGAGACUGACAAGGAAGUGUUGUCCCCAGUUGUGGCCGCAGCAGCCACCUCCUCUUCCGUGGGGGAGGAGCCAGGCCCUGAACGGGCAGCCACACCCCCAGCGUGGGACCGAGGAGGGCCUGGAGGGACCCAGCAGGGUGCCCCCUCUGCCCCAGACAGUGUUCAGCCUGGUCCCGGAUCCAGCCUUGGCCCCACCAGCACAGUCUCUGGGACCAGCGAGGACUUGAGGCCUCCCAGACGACGCCAACAACCAGGGAAGCAAAUACCCUGCUCCAGCCCUGGCUGCUGUCUCAGUUUCCCCAGUGUUCGUGAUCUGGCACAGCAUCUGCGUACCCACUGCCCACCCACACAGUCCCUGGAAGGCAAGCUUUUCCGCUGUUCCGCCCUGAGCUGCACCGAGACCUUCCCCAGCAUGCAGGAACUGGUGGCACAUGGCAAGCUGCACUACAAACCCAACCGCUACUUCAAGUGUGAGAACUGCCUCCUGCGCUUCCGCACGCACCGCUCGCUCUUCAAGCAUCUGCAUGUUUGCGCCGAGCAUGCGCAGAGCCCAGCCGCGCCGCCACCCCCAGCUCUAGACAAGGAGCCACCGGCGCCCGAGCGUCCCCCGGAGUCCGACACUGUGUCGGCGCCGGGCCUGCCGUUCCCGCUGCUCGAGCCCUUCACGACCCCCGCCCCUGCCCCCACCGGGCCCUUUCUGCCCUACUUGAACCCCGCGCCCUUUGGCCUAAGUCCCCCACGCCUGCGCCCCUUUCUGGCCGCGGCUCCCGGGCCGCCCGCCUCCAGCGCCGCAGUCUGGAAAAAAAGCCAAGGUGCCGGCGGCAGUCCGCGAAGACCCCAGGGCGGCUCCGACGCGCCUUCAGGUGCGUGCAGGUGACCAUCCGGGAGGGGUGGAGGGGAUUUUUCUGUCCUGCGCCCUGCUGGGCCCAGGAGAUGCUGGGAGGCAGCGUUGCCCGCCCUUUCCCAGGUGGCCAGAUCUGCCACCCCCGAAAUACACGAUUUUUGCCUUAAAAAU